AUGCCUCUCGGUAUUGUGAAUACUUUUGUUGAGGAAGUGCCGGGCACGGUUUCUCUCAUCGAUGAAGGGACCACCGACACUUCACUCCAACUCAAACAUGGCACUGGCAAGAACUGGCCUCUAUGGAAGAAGGAUGUUGUGUAUGCGUCAGUCUUCCUCGGUACCAUCAUUUUCGCCGCUGUACCAGCUCCAAUGCUGGCGCCCGCCACCGUCAUACUCUCUACCAUCUUAGGGGUGACCCUAGACGAAGUUGCCGAACUCUCAGGAUACCAGUUAUUGCUCGUUGGCUGCUUCGGUCCCGUUGUCUCAGCACUUGCGCGCAAAUAUGGCAAACGACCACAGUUCAUCUUCGCCGCUGUAAUGGGCGUCAUUGGCACCGGCGUCUGCAUCGCAGCGCACGAAAACUAUCAUACCCUCCUUGCGGGAAGAUUGAUCCAAGGCUUCGGCACCACCGCAUUCGAGAGUCUCUCCGUGGCAAUGUUGGGUGACAUCUACUUCGUCCACGAGCGCGGCGUCCGCACCGGCAUCAUGGUCCUCUGUCUGACAUGCAUGGCCUCCCUCGUUGCCAUCAUCGGUGGCCCCAUAACUUCACGGCUGGGAUGGCGCUAUAUGUUUAUUGUGCAUCUACCCUUCGCCAUUGUUGGAGCACUGAUAGUCUUCUUCCUGGUUCCUGAGACGCAGUUCCGCCGUCGAGAUCGAAACGGCAGGCUGCCCACGUACAGCCCAGAUGCAUAUGCCAACACCGAGAAAGUCCAGGAUAAACGCAGCGAAGAUGUAAAGCGCAUAGAGAGCGUUGAUGUGGCUACGAUACCGAAGAGGUCAUACCUGCCGAAUUUGGCGCCUUACAACGGAAGCUUUACAGACGAGUCUCCGUUCAAGCUUGUAAUUGCGCCGCUGGUGGUACUUUUGAAUCCUGCAGUGUUCUGGACAAUUCUGGAUGCUGGCAUCAUUGUGGCAUUCUACGUCAGCCUCUCAUACGUACUCGCACAAAUCUGGUCCGUACCGCCAUACAACCUCACACCGGAGGGUAAUGGAUACUUUUACGUCGGAGGACUUCUCGGAGGACUCAUCGGCGGCAUAGGAUCCGGAAAGCUGUGCGACAGCUCAUCCCGAACAUUUGCCAGAUGGAAUAAGGGCAUCUACGAGCCCGAAUUCCGCAUCCCCGUCCAAGUGAUUGCCGCAGUGCUGCUGGGUAUAGGCUACUUUGUCUUCAUGUGGGAUAUGGAAAACCCCACGCCAAAGGGAUACUACCUCGGAGCAUUCUGCCACGGCUGCAUUUGCUGCGGGAUCACCGUGACGUCCAGUUCAGCGUCACUAUACAUUCUUGAUUCGUAUAAGGAGCAGGCCACAGAGAUCUUCAUCCUCCAGAUGACGGCAAAGAACCUCCUCUUCUACGGCUUCUCCACCUUUGUCAAUUCCUGGGUUGCGGAAGAUGGCCCGGCACAGAUCUUCAAGAUCUACGGUAUUGUGUCGUUGUGCAUCGUUGCUACGUGCAUUCCAAUGUACGUACUCGGCAAAGUCAAUCGGCAGUGGAUGCACGGUCUUUCUCUGGUUCAAAGGUUGGGAGCAGCGUACAUGUAA